UAUUGCCUCAUGGUUGUUAUUUAGUCAUAUCCUUGGCAUGAUCCAGUAUUCCAGUGUAUCUAUCUAUUUCUAAUCAAAGAACCCAUCGGGACAAAUAUCAUAUAUGGUCCCCUCUAUAUAAGAACCUUGAGACCCAUCCAGAGUAGGCCAAACAAAACAGCAUCAGCAAUGUCCAAUUAUUGCCAUAGGCGUUGUUCUCCUUUGGUCUCCAAGAUCAGAAGAGUUGCAUUUGUCAUCCAAUUGUUCUGCCUUGUGCUCGCACAAACAUCACUUGCUGAUGAGGCUUGCCGAUUGCAGGAGUUUUCAAGGUCCAGAAUGGAGAUGCAACAAGAUCGUCUAGACAAUGAAAUGCUCAUGAGUUGGAGCAUGGAUCAUCCAAUAUAUGUGGGUCUGCAAGAUGGGUUGAAGAAGGCUGAUAAGAUCAGUGAGCUUCCUGGGCAGCCAGAGAAGGCCGCCUUUGAUCAGUAUGCCGGCUAUGUCACGGUUGAUGCAACAUCUGGGAAGGCCCUCUUUUACUACUUCGCAGAGGCUGCUGAAGAUCCAUCUACCAAGCCAUUGGUCCUGUGGCUCAAUGGAGGGCCUGGUUGCUCUUCUCUGGGAGGAGCUAUGCAUGAAAUUGGGCCAUUCUUCGUCAACAGAGAUAACAAGACACUGUCCAAAAACAAAUAUGCAUGGAACAAUGUGGCAAACAUGCUCUUCCUUGAGAGCCCUGCUGGUGUUGGCUUCUCAUACUCGAACAGAACAUCAGAUUACAAUAACACUGGUGACAGGAGCACCGCAGAAGAUGCAUAUACUUUCCUCAUCAAUUGGCUUGAGAGGUUCCCAGAGUACAAGGGCCACAGCUUCUUUCUAACUGGUGAAAGUUAUGGCGGCCACUACAUACCACAGCUCGCCAACACUAUUCUGUCAAAUAAUAAAAUCAUGAACACCACUAUGAUCAAUCUCAAAGGAGUUGCUAUUGGGAAUGCAUACCUGGAUGAUGACACAAACACAAGAGCAACCAUCGAUUACUACUGGACCCAUGCUAUGAUCUCCAAAGAAACUCACACCGCAGUCCAGGAAAAUUGCGGCUUUAAUGGAACAUACACAGGACUCUGUAGAACCGCGAUAGAAGCAGCUAACAAUGAGAAGGGCCUUAUCGAUGAAUCCAACAUCUAUGCAUCGUUCUGCUGGGAUGCUUCUGAUCCCCAAAAGCAGCAUGCCUCGGUAAGCAACAAUGACCCCUGUGCCAGUUACUAUAUGCGAUCAUAUCUGAACCGCCAAGAGGUGCAGAGAGCACUUCAUGCUAACACCACAAGAUUGAAGCAACCAUGGUCAGAUUGCAGUAAUAUCAUUUCUCCUGAAAAUUGGAAAGAUGCCCAAGUCUCUAUGCUACCAUCUAUUCAGCAAUUAAUUUCAAGUGGAGUUAGCACAUGGCUGUAUAGUGGUGAUAUUGAUGCCAUUUGCCCAGUAACUUCAACGCUGUAUUCAUUAGACAUCCUGGGGCUGGAGAUAAAUUCAUCAUGGCGGGCAUGGUAUUCUGAUGAUGGUGAGGUUGGAGGCUAUGUUGUUGAGUACAAAGGUCUGAUAUUUGCAACAGUCCGAGGAGCUGGACAUAUGGUUCCUACCUACCAACCCCAAAGAGCACUCACCUUGUUCUCGUCAUUCCUGAAUGGGAAGCUGCCACCUGAGUGAUUGAAAUUUUACAAGCCUCUACUCUUUUGUUGUUUCUAACAAUGAAAGAUAGACUAGUGUUUGCAGAAAAAAUAAUAGAAACAUAGUAUACUUGCUUCCAUUGAGAUUAUUACAAAGAACCAACACAACAUUCUGAAUCAUCCAAUUUCUACAAAAUGUCCAACCUAAACAAUUCUGAUGAAAUACUUGUAUCGAAAUGGUUGCAUUUUUUGUGGCAGUUGUGCUCCCAGGAUACAGUGGAAGGUGUACUUUUGUGAAUGUUUCUCGAGUGGUUUCAAUCAAUUUUAGUUGGAUGAAAUGCAGACUUUAUCAAGGAGAACAAAGUAGCUAAAAAUGUACAAUUAUUAUUAAACAACAUUACUGGCAUAAGCUAAAUAUUCCCUUCGAUUCAAAAGAAAUGAUGUUUAGGGCAGUCACACGACAAUGUGAAGAUCAACUAACAAUUUCUUUUGAAAUAUGGCAUUUCAAAUAUAGAUAUUUAAACACUAAGUACUUUAGUCAUGAUGGUCACAGUUAAAAAGUUUGACCUGCAGGAAUUCAGAAAUGACAUACUUUUGAAUAAGAGGGACUAGCUUCUUAAUUCUUAUACUUGGUGCACUAAGGUCUCCCUCACUGCUGUAUGUUUCAGCGGACCACAAGAUGAUUCUCUAACAACAUCUAACUCUUUAUCCAAGACGUCCAUCAAGCAAUCAAACAGCAGAGGGUGUCUUGGUUUGCUCAAGAAAAGUAUGGGCAGGUUCCUUCCCAAUCUGCAACCUACAAAAGUCAAACGGACCAAAAAAGAAAUAGUUGACUUUGCCCCUAUUGGUGUUGGGGAAUCCUUUUUGCAUGGCCACUGGAGGAUGAUUUUCUUUUCUUCUUCUUUUUUUUUUGCAGAGUUAAACUUGACUAUAUGAGUUUUUCUUUCUUCAUAAUUGUAAGCAUAUGAACUCAUAAGGGACCAGAAUACCAACAGGGGGGGAAUUUUCCUUCCUGCCUCGGUAGCCUUGCUCUA